AGAUGGAAAAAGUGUUAUUUUCGAUUGCAAGAAAAAAGGAAGCUGUGCUAUGCAAAGGAACCAACGGUAUGUGUUUGCCAUGAGCAUGGCUAUGAUAUCUGAAGGUCUUUUCACACGAGCCUGAAGUCACAUGCCUGCUAGGUUCACAUUUUCACUGUGUAUCAACCAAACGUCAUCUGUAUUAUCCCAUCAACCAUUUUACUUGUACCAAUUAACCUGCUACCUGCAAUUCCAGUCAACUCUCACUGACGUAUACUCUUGUGCAAAUCUUGUUCUCGUUUGACUGGGGAACAAGAGUUGAUAACUAUCGUUUGCCAACUCUUGUCAACUCUCAUCCUCUUUCGUGAUCAAGGCUUAAGUAAUAGACCUAUAAUCAUGAAUCCUAAUAUGAACAAUGUAUAAUGAUUAAAAAGACCAACAAAGCGAACUGUCAGUCUUGCUGGGUGGUUUGCGAGUCUAAGGGAAAGUACAUUUAUUACGCCGAAGGGGGGGGGGAUGAAGAUGUCUUGAAAAAAGCUCAUAAUUUUACAGGGCUCCUGUUGAGGCUAUUGGUAAAUUUUCGAUGCCCCCCUCCAAGUCUCUAAAAUUUCCAAUGCCCCCCCCCCCAACAAAAAAAUUGGAAUCGAAGGAGUACAAUCCGGAAUUCUCUCUUGUCAUAGAUACAAUUUGCAGUUCUCAAGAUGUCUGAUAUACUCAAGCAAGCGCUUCUCCUCAACAUAAAUACCAACUUGCUGCUUCUUUCACCUCACUAUUGCCAGAUGAAAUGGCACCGUCUUUAAAAAACAUUUUAGAUUAGCUCUAGGGACGAAAUUAUCGACAGGUUGUUGUUGUCCGUCAUUCAGUGUAGUCGUAGUUUUGAACACGUUCAGGUAGUGGCCGGGAUUUGCUGGAUCAGGUUAAUGUUCUGGAACCUUAGAGAACCUCGCCCCCACCCAACUUAUCUCUUGGUAUCUGUUGCAAAUUUCUUUGCAUGCUUGUCAAAAAUGCAUGCAAAAACCCGAGUAUUCUUCAAUUUCUUUAAUUUUUAUCCCGUUUGUACUAAAUAUCCCAUGAACAUAGAACAUAUCAUUCUUACAAAUCAUAUGCUUUUCUUGUUUUUGGAUCUGCUACUUUUUGGCGGUCUCAUAGGGGGUCUGGGGGUCCUUCCCCAGAAAAUUUUUACAUUUUUGAAGCUCUAGGACUGAAUUUCUGGCGUUUUCUAGAGCAAAUUUGCAAACAAAUUGCAUGUAAAUUGACUGUAUUUUACAAAAAUGGUUAUCAUUUCACAAAAAUAAUUACUCUAUUACGCAAAUUUUACUUGAAAAUGUCAAAAUUUUAACUUGGUUUUACAUGAUUUUUCCUUGAAUUUCAUAGUAGGGGGAGUUUUACACCCCCUCCCACACACCCCGGUCGCUACGACCCUGUUCUAAAAAUCAGCCAUUUUGUUCUAUUUUUAGUAACAAUAUAGCAGUUUUUCGACAUUGUAUCGCUAUAUCUUCCCAUAAAAUGGUUGUAUUUAGAAACAGAUUUCAGUUUUAAUUAAUUAAAGUACCCUUAGUCUGCUCUACUAAAUGGGUUUAGUAAAAUCACCAAUAGCUUAUUUUUAUUUUUUGGCGCCAAGUUUGUGACGUAAUUUAAGUAGCAAUUCCAAAAACAAAAAACAACGAUUUGUAAGAAUGAUAUGUUCUAUAUUCAUGGAAAAUUUGGUAGAAACAGAAUGAAAAUUUCAGAAGUUGAAGCAUAUUGGUGCUUUUGCAUGCAUUUUUGGCUUGUGUUAUAGCCUUCGAUCUUUUACGUAUUCCAUGUGGAGCUUCCCCAUGCCGCCAGUUAAUAUAGAAUAGAUGGUUUAGAAAUCGUUAGAAUAGCAGUACUAUAACUCAUUAUCUAUGUUAGUCAACGUUUAUUCAUAAAUGUAUUCCUUCACCGUCACAUAUUGUUUGAGUCCUGGAUAGGUAGUUUUCUUAAAACAUUGCUAUUGGUUAGUCGGGCAAAAAUACAAUACGCACGUGACGGUAAAAGACUAGAUUUAUGAAUGUUAUUGUUCACUAACAUAGGUAAUGAGUUAUAUUGUUAUUAUAAUGAGUUCCAAACCAUCUAUUCUAUUCUAUUAUCUAUGUUACUAUGGUGGGAGUCAACAGUUCACUGGUGUGAACACUCUAGGCCCCCACUGGACCAAAACUUUGAAAAGUUUGGAGCCCCCUCUUCAGUAUAUCGAGAACUUUCAGAGCCCCCCCCCCUUAACAUCUUCAUUCCCCCCUCGGCAUAAUAAAUGUACUUUAAGUCAUUUACCUCCGGUAUUCAAAGAACAAAGAAAUUUUCGCCAUACUGGACAUAAAUUGCAUUACAAACAAGCAAAAUCCUAAAUGGUCAUGUUUAUCUAACAUGGUGACACUAGUGUUGUCAGAUGAAAAUAUGAUUAAAUUCUUUUCUGACUAAUUCUGCAUGGAAAAACAAUCGAUGACUAAAUCAGGGCACGUAGCCCUAUCGGUUUUUUUGUUCAAUUUAUCCAAAUCUUUUAUCCUCUUCUCAAAAUGUCGGCAUAACUGACACAAAAAACUUUGCUUUAUCUUAGUUUCAUGCUAGCAAUGAUAACAAUUACGAUCACGUCUUAAUUGUCACGUUAUUGUCACGAAAAUGAGUUGACAUAGUUAAUUAACGUUCCACUUUUCGCCCACUAUUCCUAUACCUCCUCCGCAAGUCGCAAGACUCUGUGCGCGGGCGGAAAAGUAUGCGAAUUAUUGCAGGUGGGCAGGAGAAUUGCGGGGGUUAUAUCUUCACUGCAUUGGGUCUUUAAAAUAGACGUUCUUUCUAAUAAAACUCUCUUACUUUUUCUUGACUUUUCUCAGACCGUAUCCCGAAAUAUCAUCGUAAGUUGCAUCAUCAAUAUUGACAUCCUUCAUUAUAAUAUUAUUAAUAAUACAAAAACUGACACUACUAAUUAGGAGUGUAUGCUGUGAAUGUUAUGUUCCAUUAACUCAACUGACAGAGCGUGCUAACAAUGUGGAGGUUACAACUCCAUGUCUAAUUGUAUACAGACUCAACAUUCGUUUUAAGCUUUAAGCCUUUAACAACUUGCACAAGAAAGGCAAACAACUUGAUGUUUUAAAAUUAUAAAUGUUUUAGGCAGACAUAUUUACUGAAGUUGAUAUACAGAAUUCAAGUGUGGCUGAAACAAGCAUAAAGAAUGUUAAUAACAGUUUCUCUGUGAGUACAAAUUCAAAAUGUAUUAUUUGCGCUAUACUGACGCAUUAUAAAUGUAAUGUGUGAUUGGCGCAUUUAGAACAGAGUAUGAGAAUCUCACACGUCGAAUUAUGAAACCAGAUCUGGCGAGGUCCUUGAUCUACUCUCUUGGAAACCUUGAUGUAAAGGCUGAUUUCCAGUCCUCGGACGAAGCUCCUCGCAGCUCGCUGCGAGUGCAUGAAUGAGCACUCAAUCACAAUGCUAAACAGUUAAUUUUAAUUAGAUACAAGCACUCGCAGUGAGCUGCGAGGAGCUUCGUGCGAGGACUGGAAAUCCGCCUUUAGACUUGACCUGCACAAAUCUGACAAAUCUAUCUUUCUUUACAAAAACCUUUUACAAAAUAACGAAGUUUCUGUGUGAGUGUAGGAGGUAGCGACAAUACAAGACAGCUGCGGAUUGAGAGAGAUUUUCAACUACCUGAAAAAUACAAUUAAGCACAGUCAACUUCUACGCUUCGAGCGAAGACUCUUCGUCGGGAAGUUAGCGUCGUUAACUUCUGGACGUAUAGGCCCUUCGCUCGAAGCGUUGAAGUUCUACUUGUAUUUUUCAGGUAGUUGUAUCUACUUGGAAACAAAUGUUUAUUUCGAGAAGCGAUAUGCAAACUGCAUCUCAGAAAUUAUAAUAUAAAUCUGUCACUUUCAUUGGCAAAACAGAAUUUCUUAAAAAGCGUUACAGCGGGGGCUAAACUAUGGAAUGCACUUCAAAGCUGACGUUAGACAGGCUCCAUCGAUCUGUGACUAUGCCUUUAAAAAUAGUUUAAGCCGAUAAGCCGUCCAUUCUUGAUUAACGCGUCACACUGCGUCGUGCGCAGUGGCGUAACUACUAUGGGCUCAACCGGGAGAACCCGGGGGCCCCCAACCCCAAUGGGCCAAAUGGGGGCCCCCAGGCUUAGGCGAUAGAGCAAAAACAUUGGCCAGAGUCUCUCUGAUAUGUUACAAUGUCGUUUUCUGACCAUCUGAAUUCUGUAAAAUCUCUCCCCAAAGUCCAGAAAAUGGCAUUUCAGAGACUCUAGAUUCAAACAUUUUCCUGGUGAGCAUACCCUGGACCCCCUAGAAAACUCGUGCAUAUACGGCGCUCGACUUGUGCCUUUGGCACUUCUACUAGGGGCCUUCGAAAAUUUUGAACCGGGGGCCCCCUGAUAUAACGUUACGCCACUGGACUCUUACGACCUUGUAUUUAUCUAAAAAUUAUUUGUUUGUUAGGUAUAUGUGUUUUGCAUAUAUAGUUGAAUGUUUUAUAUAUAGGUGAAUGUUUUUUUUAUGUAAUGUACAGUGGGGACGCCCUCCCCCUCAUGCAUUGAAAAAGGCUUUUGCUGAUAGGGCUAGCGUCUUCAAAUAUAGUUUUUCAUUGAUUCAUUCAAGUCGACGAAGGUGAAAUCAUACCAAAUAAUUAUAUAUGAAGGCGGAAAUGUUUAAAAAUUGAAUAAAAAAUUGCCAACGAAGCAGCGUGCUUCUGUGCCAUGACACCAUUACAUCGUUUGUGACGAUGUCUGGGGACUGCGCGCAGACCAGUAAGUUGCUGGUGUCGAAAGUAAAACAGGGAACAUUUCCAUUUGAAACAUGCUCCAUACGUCUUGGUAAAAAAGCAAUAUAUUCUAGUUAUUCUGUUACCGCGCAUGCAGCAAUUACCCUGUGGUUUCAAGAACUUAAAAGAAGUCCGCAUAGAUUCAUGUCGGGAAUGUUUGACUAAUGUUAAGAUUAGGGUUAAGAUUAGGGUUGGAAACUACAGUAAGAUAUGGGAACGUGACCUUAAAAAAAGUUACAUGACGCACACAUAUCUAAGCAUAAUUGGUCAAGUCAUUCUGCAAUACGCUGCCGUUAUUUGUGCUGUAGAAAAAUGUAACUAAUCUCUAAAACUGUGAAUAUUUUAGAUCAUCAUGCCUUAUCUCACUAUAAUAUUAUGUGGUGAUACUCGACGAGAGAUGGAAGAAUGGAUCACUGCACUGCGCAACAUCACCUUAAGGAAUUCCAAUGUACGUUCUUCUAAUGAUACGCAUACAACAAGUCUCCCUCUCAGGCCUUCCGUUAUAUUGAACUUUACAUGACGCACACGUCAAUGGAAAGGAUUUGCGUGCACGUCAUGUAAAGUGCAAUAACUGGAAAGGAAUUGUAAGGAAAGCAAAUGGAAUGGAUUAUAUUUUCCACCCAAACUCGUACUCAGGGCUUCUGUAUUAGUAAUGCAUAAGGUUGACUUCCCACGAAACCAAAGGUAUAUUUUAACCCACUCACCCACACACUGGCGGCUUUAAUGCGCCCGAAUGACUCGUUAAGAAUAUUUCAUUUUCUAGUCCGAUAUCCUGGACCGUUUAUCGGAUGGCCAUAACUGGUAUUCACGUUCUCACUCUCGCCCUACGUUAUGUAAUGUUUGUGGUGAAUUGUUACCUGGGGUUACAUCCAGAGGUCUAUCUUGUGAAGGUAUUGGCCUCUCUCUUUAUUUCUAUGCUCAUAUCUAAUAGGUCAUUUCCGAAUUACAGUAGAAUGCCCAUAGGCAAUAGCUUGAGAACGAGGCUUAGUGCAAAGCUGCAAUGUAGAAAAUUUGGCACGAAGCCUAGAGUUUGCGUUAAUUUGUUCUUGAGAACUAGAACGCAAUUCGGAAAUGGCCUAUUUGGCAGUAAUUCCCAGAUCUCCCGAGAAGACCUGGAAACGAGCAUGUGUUGAUUUCUUCUGUAAAAAAUGAAAGUAAUUAAUACCCCAUUGACUAAAAUUGAUAACCGCAGUUGAGGAAAAGAUUGCUCUACUGGUGGCGUUUCCAUUUCCUUGCCCACGUAAAAGUAUUUAAGCAAGCACUUAGAUCAUUUCUGUGAGCCAUUGCGAGAACAAACACGGAAGACUGUAGUUCUCUACAUUCUUCUUUACGAAUCAGUUGCAAACAAAAAUGGUUUUUCCUGAUAUCGAAAGAACAUUACACGCUGCAUAAACCAAAUACUGUAUAGAACUAGUACUCUAUAAUCAAUCUAUUCACAUAUUUUUGUAUUUAUUCCGACUGAAAACGUCUGCGCACAAGCAAUGCAACAGAUAACUGGGUUACUAUUCUAUAAUCAAGGUGGUCUCGCAUCAUAACGGGUUAACGUACUUCACCAGUUAUGCUUUUUCUGUUUGUCUGUCUGUCAUAAUGACGAAUUUUCUUAAUAUAUGCUUCCUUUACCACUUGCUAGUCUGUACAUACACUGUCCACAAACAAUGUGCUGUGCGUGCUGUAGACAAGUGCAAGUGGACUUCCCUGGAAACGAUAGGAAACAAAGAAAAACUGAGUGAAUAUAGCGAUCCA